UCGACGGAGCUCACGUCACUUCCGCUUUUGCAGCGGCGUGGGGCGGGGAUAAAAAAGGCAAGCCGAGAGGAAGGCAAUUUAGAGCAGCGGGCGCUGAGUAGAACAAUGCCGAAAUCAAAAGAACUUGUGUCUUCAAGCUCAUCUGCCAGUGAUUCGGACAGUGAAGUUGACAAAAAGGUGAAAAGGAAAAAACAAGCAGUGCCUGAAAAGCCCGUGAAGAAACAGAAGACUGGUGAAAGCUCCAAAGGUGCUGCCUCCUCCAAGCAAAGUAGCAACAGAGAUGAGAAUAUGUUUCAGAUUGGUAAAAUGAGAUAUGUCAGUGUUCGUGAUUUUAAAGGUAAAGUCCUAAUUGAUAUUAGAGAAUACUGGAUGGAUCAAGAAGGUGAAAUGAAACCUGGCAGAAAAGGUAUCUCUCUAAAUCCAGAACAGUGGAGCCAGUUGAAGGAACAGAUUACUGAUAUUGAUGAAGCAGUAAGAAAACUGUAAAGAUGAGCCAUGCAGAAACUCUACUGUUAUAGGUUUAAGUAGUCUUUUUACAUUGGCAUUCAUUUUCUAAACUAUUUGUUUUCCAAGCUAUUGUAUAUUUGGAUUGCAAAACAAUUUGUAAGGAGCGCUUUUUUAAUGUGCAUUAAAAGUGUAUUCUGGGUGAAGUUACAAAUGUGUAUACUUUUAUUAAACAGGUGUUAUGUUCUCUCAUCAUGAUGUAAAAUAAAACACAUUCACUUAAUACUCGUAA